GGAACGCAUCGUUUACGAACGUCGAACGUCGACGAAGCUAGUGUUGAUCUCGACGUUGGUGGUUUUUCGCGUACGUGCGUCUCUUUCGUCGUCGGUCGAUCGUUCGUCUUCGAAACACACUGACGUUGAAUCUUCGUCGUCCGUCCGACGUGUACAAUUUGCCACGCUUAUGAAGCAAAAUGUCAAUAAUCUCAAAGAUCGACGACUCUGCGACGCAAAAUUAUCAUCGAGAUCGAGCGUUUCCAGCGUAGCGACUCGACCGAGUAAAUCGCCGUUUUGAUAUGCAAGAACCGACCAAGCAUGUCCAUCGAGAAGGAAGAAGCGAGCAAGUUUUUUAAAAGUGCGUACCGCGUGAAACCGACAACGGCAGUUUACGUUUUAUUGCUCGGGCUUGCGACGACGUUUGUCACUCUUUGCAGCGCAGCGAAACAACUCGGUAGACAAGAUCACCGUACCACACGGGGAACGAGUAACGGUGAGAUGCAGAGAACUUGGAAAGUACAAGCUCGUCGGUGAUUCUCUGUUGCACUGUCGCAAUGCGAGUUGGAGUGGCAAACUACCAUCUUGUACUCCGACGACAGCGAUUUCGAACUACACCGAGGAUGUACCGCCAACGAUCGUGUUUGGAUUACCAGCCGGUUCAGCAGCCGUCGAGCCGUCCGGUGCUCUCGCCGUUUUUCCUGGAAGCAUUCUUCAUCUGGAAUGCCUGUUUGCUAGGAAACUUGGAUGGGCGAUCGCUGCUCGCGAGAGAGACUGGAAGUAUCGAUUGUCGAUAUAUUACGCGAAAGUACAAGAUUCGGGGAUUUACACGUGUUCCACGCCUCGUGGAUUAUCCAACUCCAUACGUGUGCACGUCGUGGACGUUCAAUGUCCCGUUUUGAAUCUGCCGCAACCACCGUUGAUCGGCAAGAUCGAAGGCGCGCGUAUGGGUCACGGAGCAACGUUCGAAUGCCCUGUUGGAUUUAAACUGGAAGGCGCGGCUGGUAUAACGUGUCAGUACAACGGUAAAUGGUCGGGCGAAAUGCCGAAAUGCGCAACGAUCGAAUGCCCGGCUAUAGACGCGAUCGGUUACACGCAGUUGCAACUUCUCGAGUACAACAACACGUUCGGAGGCAGAGCGGUAUUUGCUUGCAUGUGGGGUCAUCGAUUGUCAGGAUCGCCAAACGUAGAGUGUCGAGGCGAUGGCUCGUGGAGCGGCAGUGUGCCCAGUUGCCUAGAGAUCAUCUGUCCUACUCCGUCGAUACCGAAGAGCGGUCGUAUCGUCGAACGAGCGAAUCGUCGCGAAUCCUCGGCGAGGAAACAGCAUCGAACGCGCGUGUACAAAGUAGGCGCGCUCGUUAGGUUUGCUUGCUUACCUGGUCAUCAGUUGUUGGGUGAGGCUUCGGUAAUAUGCACGGAGAACGGAACGUGGUCUCACCCGCCACCGGUUUGUAACUUGUUCGCCAGGAUACGUAACGCCGUUGGAACCUGCGAGGAAGCCAACUUGCCGAGAAAAUGGAAUAUGGAGUGCACCACCACCCCCUUGUAGGUCGUACAAAGAUGUUUAGAGAGGAAAAGAAUCGUUCGAAGAAGGUCUCAUCGACGACACGAGCGUAUCGUGUCGCGUUACGUUACUCUGGUAAGACGAGUAAGACGCGUAUCAAGUACGAGUAUGUACGAGGCACGAUCAAACACCAAUGCCAAUUCCACGAUAUCGACAAACUACGCGACGAUCCAAACGACGAUUCCAUUGGUAAACGUGUGCGAUUUAGAUGCCUGAUUGAUCGAAGAACGCUAAACGACACAUAUCAUCGACAGCUACACGAUCGAAUUUGUACGUAUUUGAAACGAUCGAUCGCCUAACCGAUCGUUCUCGAUUCCCCAUUUCGUAGACGUUAAUGUGUUACACGCUGACGUCGCAACAUUUGACGCGACGUACAAACUUAUCGUCGGAUCCUCCACCUCGUGCUUCGUCACGAUACAUGUAUAUAAUUUAUGCAUGAAUGCGACUGCAUAAAUUUUUUACCAACAGAGUGUCAUUGCGAUACAGAUUGCAAAAUUGGGAAAACAAGAGCAGCAACGAUUAGUCGUUUAAAAGCAAGUUU